CUGCGUCGGUCAUAUUCGCCCGAAAUGCUUGGCGGCGUAUCAACUCCUGCUGACAGGAAGUCCCUCCUGGCCAGAUAUCUGGAACUUCCUAACAAAGCCGAACAGUUCCAGGUCACAUACAUCUGGAUUGAUGGAUCUGGCGAACACAUGCGAUGCAAAACUAUGACUUUGUCAGAGGAGCCAGCGAAGGUUGAAGACUACCCCAUAUGGAACUUUGAUGGUAGUAGUACCGGCCAAGCAGAGGGCUCGAACUCCGACGUAUAUCUCUACCCGGCAAGCAUCUUCAGAGACCCUUUCACCCGCGGAAACAACAAGCUCCUUCUCUGUGAGACCUACACCUACGACAAGAAGCCACACUGUGAGCUGCAGACCACCGUUUCAGCAAACAUAUAUGAAAUGGUCACCUCAAAUGCAUCAGUUCGGUCAUGGGAAUUCCAAGUCGGUCCCCUAGAGGGCGUCGAAGCCGCCGACCACCUCUGGAUGGCGCGUUACCUUCUACAUCGUGUUGCCGAGGACUUCAACGUCGUUAUCACCUUUGAUCCCAAGCCGGUUGCUGGCAACUGGAAUGGUGCUGGUGCUCAUACUAACUACUCAACUCUUUCGAUGCGAACCAAAGGCAUAGGUAUAGAUCCCGAUCUUUUGUUUAGCGCCAUCACAGCUGCGAUAGAGAAGCUAGCACUUGCCCACGACGAACACAUCAAGGCCUAUGAUCCUCACCAGGGCAGUGACAAUAUGAGGCGACUUACUGGUCAUCACGAGACUAGCAGUAUUAAGGAUUUCUCUUCUGCACUACUAUGGAAUAUUACCUUUAAACAUGUUGGUUUCUCGCACCGACGUGACGUCUUUGUAUUUUUUUGCCAAGGAGUCGCAAACCGUGGAGCCAGCAUCCGAAUCCCCCGACAAGUCAGCGACGAAGGCUACGGUUACUUGGAGGACCGGAGACCUUCUGCCAACUGUGAUCCUUACGCAGUAACAAUGAUGUUGGUGAAGACGACGAUCUGCUAG